AUGUCCUUUUCGAACGACGUCAGUAUGGACGAAAGCCAACAGCCUACUAUAUGGGGCUUAUCAAUCACAUUCUCUAUCAUAGCCAUCGUCUCAGUUCUUCUUCGUUUCAAGGCUCGUCGAAUCCAGGGCGAACAGCUGGAAUCUGAUGAUUGGACUAUCCUCGUGGCCCUGAUAUUAAGUAUGGGUGUUACGGUAAACUUGCUCAUGAUGACACAAUGCGGUGGUCUCGGAACCCACACGCGAUAUGACGGCGACGGGAACCCUCUUGAUCCCGGGCGCAUCGUCAUCUUCGGCAAGACGACAUAUUCACUGGAGAUUCUAGUCUGGCCUGCCGUGGGAAUGACCAAAACCAGCGUCCUUCUACUGUACAAACGAAUCUUCAUCACUCCGAGGUUUAGGGUAGUUACCUGGGUUGGGAUUGGCGUUGCGAUCGCCUGGACCAUAGCGUUCACCUUUGCGCUCAUGUUCAUAUGUCAUCCGAUUGCCGCGAGGUGGAACUCAGAGAUCCCAUAUACUCGUGGCAAUUACUUCGCGUUACUUGCCGUUGCCUUGGCGACAGAUGUGGCCACAGACGCUCUAGUACUCUUGCUACCAGUUUACAAGGUUUGGCAGCUACAGAUGCCCAUCACUCGAAAAGCCUUGGUCACAGGUAUCUUCCUCCUCGGUAGCUUGGUCAGUAUCGCCGGUAUAAUUCGAACCCACUUCUUGGCUCAAGUCUAUGAUGUGCUCACAGAGGCCCCCAAAGUAGACGUCACUUGGGUUUACGCGCCAGACUUCUACUGGACUAUCAUCGAAACCAAUGUUGGUGUGUUUAGCGCGUGCGCACCUACCUUGCGUCCUAUUCAGGAGCUUGCUACACGCAAGCUCUCCUCUGUCAUCCGCAAGCUUUCCUUUCCCAACUUGCGAAGCUCGGACCCGCCACUUGACUCGUUAUCGAGUAUUAACAAGGGAGACAACAUCCGUCUCAACUCGAUGGAAGAAGGCUCGAGCUUUGAUAGCAAGUAUAUUUCGUUUACGCCAGAGCAACUGAGAAACUUCCUCUACGUCUAG